AUGGACGAGGAUAUUGAGGCUAUUGAUGCACGUUUCAAGAUUAUAUCUGAGAAUCUGCGUCUAGCUCUCUGCGCCGCUCCCGAGCUUGACAAGGCGUCUGAACCAGAGCGUGCAGGCAGGAGCAACUCAGUCACCAUGAUGCCACCCGCCCCAGCUGAAACUCCUAAUGAUCCGACCUGUGAAUCAACAUCCCCUGUACUACAAUUGGCAGGGGCUCAAUCCUCUACAGAAAACCCUAAACGACCUCCACAGGAACUUCGAGCUUCGCUCGCAGCCAGCGGUUCAAUUGCGUGUUCUUCCGAUGAAAUCGAAAUGUUGAAGCAACUGGUCAAGAAAUUGCAGGAAGAUUGUCUUCGCGCCCAAGAGGAUCGGGUAUCGGCUUUAUUGGACUGUGCGAAACUGCAAAAAGAGCGCAACGACGUGUCCCGUGAUGCCAUUGAGAAGAUUGAGGCACUCCGGAAAGAGAAUGAAAAAUUGAAAUUGGACUUUGCCAAUUUGAAACACAAGAAAGAUAAAGAGGUCGAAAAGGGCAACAAAAAACGGGUUGGUAAGGAGAGUAGGUCUAAGAAACGCAAACGUUUGGAACCAGAUACCUGUCCGGAGGGACCAAAAGCGCAACAACCUUCGUUGGACCCGGACGAUGGUCGUGAUCCCAGACUUACACGCCCAUUGGCAAGACCGCCGCUAUCACGCCAUUCCCUAAGCUGGGAUUCAGAUAACGGCCCACAGGAGCCAACACCAGGACGACGCCGGGAGCGUACUCGUCACCCAAGAUAUGUGUGCCUUAGUGAUAUGCGCGACUUUGAUUGA